AUGGGUUACAUAGGAGCUCAUGGUGUAGCAGCGCUUCAUAAGUACAAAUACAGUGGAGUGGAUCACUCUUAUCUUGCCAAAUACGUGCUUCAACCUUUUUGGACUCGUUUUGUCAAAGUCUUCCCUCUAUGGAUGCCACCAAACAUGAUAACGCUGAUGGGGUUCAUGUUUCUACUCACAUCUGCCCUGCUAGGCUACAUAUAUUCACCUCAGUUGGAUUCUCCUCCUCCACGAUGGGUUCACUUCGCACAUGGUUUACUUCUAUUCUUGUAUCAGACAUUCGAUGCGGUUGAUGGGAAGCAAGCAAGAAGGACAAAUUCCUCUAGCCCCUUAGGAGAGCUCUUCGAUCAUGGUUGUGACGCACUUGCUUGUGCGUUUGAAGCCAUGGCAUUUGGAAGCACUGCAAUGUGUGGAAGAGAUACUUUCUGGUUCUGGGUUAUUUCAGCUAUUCCGUUUUAUGGAGCUACAUGGGAACACUAUUUCACCAACACACUUAUUCUUCCGGUCAUCAAUGGACCUACAGAGGGUCUUGCACUGAUAUUCGUCAGCCACUUCUUCACAGCCAUUGUCGGAGCUGAAUGGUGGGCUCAGCAGUUGGGGCAGUCCAUACCAUUGUUUAGUUGGGUGCCAUUUGUGAAUGCGAUCCAAACCUCUAGAGCAGUACUAUACAUGAUGAUCGCUUUUGCUGUUAUACCAACCGUCGCAUUCAAUGUGUCAAAUGUCUACAAAGUUGUUCAAUCAAGAAAAGGGAGCAUGGUGUUAGCAUUAGCUAUGCUGUAUCCUUUUGUCGUUCUUCUUGGAGGAGUUUUGAUAUGGGAUUACUUGUCUCCAAUCAAUCUCAUAGAAACAUAUCCUCACUUGGUUGUACUCGGAACUGGCCUCGCAUUCGGAUUUCUAGUGGGAAGAAUGAUUCUUGCUCACUUGUGUGAUGAGCCAAAAGGACUGAAAACAAACAUGUGCAUGUCUCUACUCUAUCUUCCUUUUGCACUUGCAAACGCUCUAACCGCGAGGUUAAAUGCCGGGGUUCCACUAGUCGACGAGUUAUGGGUUCUUCUUGGCUACUGUAUAUUCACAGUGUCAUUAUACUUGCACUUUGCGACAUCGGUCAUCCAUGAGAUCACUGCGGCUCUUGGAAUCUACUGCUUCAGGAUCACGCGUAAAGAAGCUUGAAAAGAAACCUUAAGGGUGACUUUUUCUUUUGAUGUGGUUCGAAUGAUCAAAUAUGGGAGAUCGAUCGGUGAUGUAUUUCUUCUUAAUCAUCGUUGUCCUUUUGUAGAACUUUGUAUGAAUUUAUAAAUCUAUUUAAAAUGCACAAAUCAGCCCCUUUUCUUAUGGUCACAAGUUGCAAUAUUUCCUUGGCUCGUCCAUUGGUUUUCGAUUAGGAUUUGCGGAUUCCAUGUUUGGAAAGUCUAUUUUUUUUCUUUCCUUUAUGAUGUAAAAGAGUUGCAGAGCAAGGCACACAAAUUCAUUGGUUUCCAUGUUUGAAUCUUAUUUCCUUCUUAUGUAAAAGCAUUGCGUGCAGAGCAAGGCACAAAAUCAUUGGUUUUCCAUGAUUAGGAUCUGCGUUUUCGAUGUUUGCAAAGUCUUUUUUUUUUUGUUUUUUUCCCCUUUAUGAUGGUAUAUAAUAUAUAUCCCUUUCCUCUUUUUAUGAAAAAGCAAAAGCAUUGCGUGCAGAGCAAAUCUCAAAACCCUUGAAAAGCAGACUUGAUUUGCCCCCAAAAACGAUUAGCACACGGCUGAGAGACAGAAAUGGGGCCCGAUUCGGAAACUCUAUCUCGGGAGUACUUUGCGUACGUGAGUAAAGGUGGAUGCAUGGAACAAAUGGUGGGUGUAGCUUAUUGCACGGACGAAGCCGAGGAGAAGAAUGAAGACGCCUUCACUAAGUGUAAGGAAGCCAAAAAGAGGAGGGACGAGUGUUUUGAUGCUCACUCUGAUCACUAUAGGGUGUUUGGGUCGGUCCUCGAACCUGUUUUAGACCUGGUAGGCAACAAGAUCGACGACGACGUAAUAGCUGAGCGGCGGUUCAACGAGUUCAUGGAAGGAACGACUCUUGGAAAGCCUUGUCCUAAGCAAGAUUAGGGAGAAGACUAAGAGCGACUAAGCCUGAUUGAUUAAUUGAGUUUGUGACUGUAAGAUGAUUUCAUUUGGUCAUGUUUUUUUUAUGCUUUCUUUGUUUCCUGGAAUUAUCAAAUAUUGGGGUUGUUGAUGGUUGAGUUUCGAUACUGAAUAAGCCUGAUUGGGAUCACUUCGUCUUCGUCUUUUUUUCCUUAAAUUAUCAAUAUAUAAGAAACCUCAAGGGUGAAUUUAUUUUUGGGUGUGGAUCGUUGGAUCGAGACGGC